CCGGGCGAAGGGGCUGGGCGCGCAGCGGGCGCAGGUGCCGCCCAGGGCUGAAUUUUACGGUCCAGGGCCAGCCACUGCGCCACUUGCGCCCCGUCGCUCGUCCGGGGGCGGCCGCCACCCGCUUGCCCCAGCUUUAGGCAGAUGUCUUUUAGGGACCCCGCGGGAGAGGAAACGCCUCCCCCUGGACUGAAAAACCUGCAGCGUCGGCUGUUCGCUUGCCCCUGCUCAGCCAGCAGCCCCUGGCGUCUCCAGUGCGCCAAAUCCACUCUCCGGGUUUUGGCGGCAGCUCCAAGGGGAUCAAGCUGGAAACUGUCAGAACACGACCCUCCCCCCCCAAACCGGGGCUUCGAGUGGCCCGGGGGCCCGAGGCCGGGCCGGGGCGGCGCGGUCAGGUGGCUUCUCUUGCCCGAGGGCCCCCCGGCCGCCGCGCCGGAGCCUUGCCGGGCUAGAUCGGAUCUUUGGGACGAAGAGAGGUUUCUCCAUGCUGUGGAAGGGACUGGCGGAUGUAACCGGCUCUCCAGAAAGCCCUGCUUGGCUGUAAGUCCAGGAAGGCCUCUUAGACCUCCAUCUCAUUUCAGAGCCACUUCUGAGCUACUUGAGAAAAAUGAUGUGACAGUUCCUAUCAAAAAGGAUAUUGGGAAACAUAUAACAUCUGUGAAGAAAGUCGCCCUUUUCCCCUUUUGCAAAAUCGACAUCCUCAAACUCCAAAAUGCCAGCCAAGACCCCAAUUUACCUGAAAGCUGCCAAUAACAAGAAAGGAAAGAAAUUUAAACUGAGGGACAUCUUGUCUCCAGAUAUGAUCAGCCCUCCCCUUGGAGACUUCCGCCACACCAUUCACAUUGGCAAAGAGGGCCAGCACGAUGUCUUUGGAGACAUUUCCUUUCUUCAAGGCAACUAUGAGCUUCUACCUGGAAACCAGGAGAAAGCGCGCAUGGGCCAGUUCCCUGGGCAUAACGAGUUCUUCCGGGCCAACAGCACCUCCGACUCCAUGUUCACAGAAACGCCCUCUCCGGUGCUCAAAAAUGCCAUCUCCCUCCCAACCAUCGGAGGGUCCCAGGCACUCAUGUUGCCCUUGUUGUCACCGGUGACAUUCAGUUCCAAACAGGAGUCCUUAGGGCCGGGAAAGCUGCCCCGGCUUAGCUGUGAGCCAGUCAUGGAGGAGAAGGCUCCGGAGGAAAGCAGCCUGUUGGAGAACGGGACGGUCCACCAGGGGGACGUCUCGUGGGGGUCCAGCGGGUCCGCAUCCCAGUCCAGCCAGGGCAGGGGCAGCCACUCCUCCAGCCUCUCCGAACAGUAUCCCGACUGGGCGGCCGAGGACAUGUUUGACCAUUCCGCCCCGUGCGAGCUCGUCAAGGAAAAGACUAAAUCAGAGGAGUCCCUCUCUGAUCUCACGGGUUCCCUCCUCUCCCUGCAGCUCGAUCUUGGGCCCUCAUUUCUAGAUGAGGUGCUGAAUGUCAUGGAUAAAAAUAAGUAACAGGACACCGCCGGCUCUUUUCAUUUGGGGUAAAAGGUAUCAAAAAACAGAACAAAACAAAACUAACCACAAAGAGAAGAGCUUCGCUGGCUAUACUUGCUGUCAUGUGAUAGGUUUUCUAAAAUAACUUUCCUACAAAAUAUUUUUUUACCUGGUAUACCCUGUUUGCAAAAACAGUGGAAAAAAAACAAACCUAUCCUGGCAAAGAGAGGAAGUGAGUCAGAACCCAUUUUCGGCGGGCAUUGCUGAUGUACAGCUCACAUUUUUUGUUUUCAGACACAUAAGAAAUCUGGCUUGGCCAGGGCUGGCACUACUUAUGAAGGGCCGUGCCAGUCACAUUAAGGACCUUUACAGUACUCUGGCAUUUUCUGAGCGAGAGGAAGUCAAAAUUUAUUUAACACCCACGCCUUUUUUCUAGACUCUUUUCUAUAUUAUAUCGUUUGGGCUCACCAUAGCAAAUUCUUCAGUGUUAAAACUUUUCUCUGUUUUCACAUUUGAACAACUUUAUGGGUUUUGGGGAUUUGCUUGUAGCUCUUAUAUAUCUCUAUAUAUUAUAUCUAUAUUGCGAAAUUUUGACUGUCAGCUACAUGUUGGUAAGACACAAGCAAAGUAUUACUGUAACUAAGUUAUUUUUAAAGUUAAAAUAUAUUUUUAUGUGCCUUUGGCUCUUUAUUGCAGAGUCUACAUCUUAUAGGUACUACAUCAAAUAUGGUCAUUUGACUUUCCAUUGGGAUUCCAUUCUAAGCUGUGUAUGUGUAUGUUUGGAAAAAUGUAUUCAUACUUAGCUUUAUUUUUUUUUCUUCAUCUGUUAUCAUACUUUUCACAUCAGCCAACAAUGGAUUGUAAAGUGUAAAGGCACAGGUUACUCACAAUGCUUCUGCAGAGACUGUGGGCUACACCACAUAAUGUUAUUUGGAAAUAUGGGUAUUUUAGUACAGUACAUACUUGCAUUACAUAGGUACUUCAUACAACACAAUAAAGAGUAAAUGUUAAAAUCAACUUGCUUGGUUAUAGUAAUAAACAAAAACAUAAGACAGUAAUUAUAUUUUCUUCAAGUCCAGGGCUAGAAAAAUUGCUUCUGUAAAGUGUACAUGAGCCUUUAAAAUAAGGUAAGAGGUGAUUUCCACCCACUCAGUAAUUUUGAUUAUUGCCCAAAGGUUUGAGAUUCUAAAAAUAAGGCCCCUCAAUUUUAGGAAAAAUGAACAUGUGAGAUGAGAAUUUUUUUUUUUAAGUCAGCACUGAUGCCAACUUCUCAAAAACUCAUUUCUGUGAAUCUCCUCCCUUACUUUAACACGGCAAACUCGUGCAACCCCAGCCCCGUCCCUACAGGAUAGAUGCUUCCAUGCAGCAGGUGCCAUACAGACAAGAUUAAGGAGGCCAAAAAGGAGGGCAGCAGAGCACCUUGCCCCCAAGAAGACAGAGAUGCCCUGAGGAUGUUGGUUAAGGAAACAGGAACAGGAAAUGUACACACCGAUUCUGAUCCUGUUGUCAACACCCCUUCCCCCUCAAAGACAAACACUUGCACGCAAAAACUUUCAUUUCUCCUUGAAAUAUAUCCCUGGGACUUCCCUGGUGGUGCAGUGGUUAAGAAUCCACCUGCCAAUGCAGGGGACACGGGUUCGAGUCCUGGUCCAGGAACAUCCCACAUGCUGCGGAGCAACUAAGCCUGUGCGCCACAACUACUGAGCCUGCGCUCUACAGCCCGUGAGCCACAACUACUGAGCCCGCCUGCCACAACUACUGAAGCCCAUGUGCCUAGAGCCCGUGCUCUGCAACGAGAAGCCACCGCAAUGAGAAGCCCAUGCACCACAACGAAGAGUAGCCCCCGCUUGCCGCAACUAGAGAAAGCCCGUGCGCAGCAAUGAAGACCCAACGCAGCCAAAAAUAAAUGUAUUAAUUUAUAUUAAAAAAAAGAAUGUAUCCCUGAAAUGACUGCCUCAUCCAAACGUUUCAGUGAUAUUCUCACCAUGUCUGGAGAUGCUGCAAUUCCAUCAUCUGGUUAGCUGAAAUAAUCUGAGCUGUGGAUGAAACGCAGUUAGGAUGACUUGAAGUAGAAAGAGGCAACAAGCUCCCUUAGAGCACUGAGUUCCUGCCUUAAUUCCCCGGUUGUAUUUCUGUCCCACAAUUUUCCAGUGUUCUUUUUCUGCGAGACACCCACUUACAGUUCACAGUUCCAAAUAGCCUCUUCUAAAUCUUGAGAAUGAAGAAGAGUCUGAUGUAUCUCAUCAUUUUAAAUCAGACUCUUUCAACACAUUCCCCAUCUUAACUUUUGUUGAUCAUAUUAUCAUUUUACUCUUCAUCUGCAGCAUGACCUCAAGGAAAAGAUUAAACUGUUAGGUGAAAUGAUGAGGAACAUCUGUGCAUUUCCUCUGCUCCCUCUGUGAAUAGGGAGAACAGCUCUGCCAGUAUCAGGUUUGUUUGAUAGAAUCUAAGCAAUAAUGCAUCCUUUUAGGUAUUACCCAUUAGACUUCCUCUGAGCCCUUUCACAAACAGUCCCUCCCAUUAGGUUAGAUAUAAUUGAGAUGGCAACAAACAUGCCCCUGUUAGAAAGGACACAGCCACAUCCGGCUUAUGAACGAUAUUGUUGAGUCAUUUCUCCUGUGGCAGCCCUUCUAAUACUUGGUUCCUUCUCUAGGGAGCAGGUGCAGAGCUGGUGGAAGCUUUCUCCUGCAAAAAGGCUCUUCCAGCUUGCACCUGCUGAGAGCUGAAUUGAUGUUCUCAGCCUGUGACCGUUCUGCCACUUUUAACCUAAUUUACCGAGAUGCACUUUACUUGCAAAUUCA